AUGAGAGUGAAUUUCAUAUUUAUUUAAUUCAUUUUAACCUAUGUCUUUGGAUAAAACCAGCAAGUAGGAUUUGUUUAUAAUUCAAUUCCAUACAAAUCUUUUGAUGUUCAUAGCAUUAAUGGAACUUCAAGUAGGAUAAAGGUAUCUUAAUAAACUGGAAUAGCUAUUGUUGCUUUAGGUAAGGCUGGAAUCAUGAUAAUUGACAAUAAAUUUAAUACACAUAUUCAUUAAUCUCCUGAUAAAAGCUAUAUUUAAUGCGUUUAAAUAUCAAAAAAUGGCUAGUAUAUCUUUCUAGGAAUGGUUGGGCAAGUAGGCAUCUUCUAAUUAGACUAAAUUGACUUUAGUAUUAAGAUAAUUAAUACAAUUAAUGUAUAAAAUAUGACCAUAGUAGACAUUUAAUUUAAUUUAGAAGAAGAAAUCAUGUUUGUUGUUGGUUAUUUAGGCGUUUUAAAAUGGUACGACUCGAGGAACAUAACAAAUCUUAUAUAGCUUGGAAUUAUAGAUUAUUCUUAAGAUUAAAUUCUCUUUGAUCGAGGAGCGAUGCCUCCUGAUGAUCGAUUUUUUUAUAUUGCUGCUGACUUCGAAGGAUUGAUUGUCUUCAGGAUAGAUAAGUCUCUGCAAAAUAAUCAGCUCUAAGUCAAUUUAACUAAGAUUUUAACUAAACUAGCAGCCACAAGCUUUACAGAAUUAGUAGUUACAAGCAAAAACAAUUAUGUCUUCGCUAUUGAUAGAUGGAAUGGCAUUUUUAUUAUAUAUGAUUUGAGUUAGCUCAUUCUAGAUGGUGAUGAUGUAGAAAAUCAAAACAACUAAUUAAUUAAAAUGGUGCCUGCUAAUCUAGGAAGCACGUUAGGAUACACUUCUUCUAUAGGUUUGAGUUUAGAUGACCAGUUCUUAUAUGUAGGAGCGAGAUCAUUGGGAAUAUUAAUAUAUAAUAUCUAAGAUCCUUUGAAUCCACAAUUCUUUUAGCAGCUUUAAUUAACUGGAUAAUCUUUUUCUAUAGCAUUAUCUCCGAAAUAAAAUGUGAUUUCUAACACAACAUUUGAUAAUCAAUUUAUUUACUAUUCUAAUUCUUUAUCAGUGGCUAUUUAUGAAAAAUAGAAACCUUCCCUUUUUAACAAUAUUCCAAAUUUAUUCAAUGCUUAACAAUCACAAUUUUUUAUUGAAGGAACUGCAGUUUCUAAAUGGAGAUGCGCUAUUUCUUCAAAUAAUAAAUACUUCUUAGGAGGCUUAGAUGCAGAUGGACUUUCAAUUUUUGAAAUAAAAGUCAAUUCAUACACAAAAUCAACUCCAUCGACCAUGCAGAUCAAAUAUUAAUUUUCUGAUACAUAAUAAUAAAUUUUAAGGACUAAUUAAUUGAGAGUAUUUGGGCCAGAUGAAUCAAUACCUUUAGGAUUCUAUGUUGAUAAUAUUUAUUUCUCUAAGGAUGGUUAAUAUAUUUACUUUGCUGCAUAAUAAUCUACUAUAAAUGUAAUAGCCUAUAAGUUUAAAGUUAUAAUAUCUCCUGAUGGAGAAUAUUCUUUUGAAUAUGUUAAAGGACUACACUACGAUUAGGUCUACUAUUGUGAAGAGAUGAAUUUCAGUGAAGAUGAGUAGCAUGCUGUAAUGUCCUUUGAUGUUGGAAUAGUUUUGGUAGAUAUGAUUAAAUUUGAGGUAAUUUCUAUGUACACUAAUUAAGGCAUUAUUGGAACUUGUUGUGGAGCAGUUUUAUCACAUGAUAAGAAACAUGCGCUUGCAGUUGUCAGAAAUGUUGGACUUUUUAUUUAUGACACCUCUGAUAUGGCUAAUCCUAAAAUGGUAAAUUAAUGGAGGACGAAUGGCGGUGAAACAUUAUUGCGUUCUUAAGUAAAUUAAAUAAUUUACUUUUUGGAUGGAUUUAAUGGUAUGAUUUUGCUAGAUUCAACUAAGUUACCUGAAAUAGUAGUUAUUGGUAGUUAUAUUUCCUCUGGCUGGACAAAUUUUAUUUCUUUUACAAAUGAUGAAAGAUAUGGAAUAAUUUCUACAAUGGACUCGGGUACUUUAACCUUGAUAGAUCUAACAGAUAAAUCUAACCUAAGAGUAAUUAUGAAAUCUAUCAUAUCAUCUUAAAAUUCUAUCGCAACAUGCAUAGAUAAAACAGGGCUCUCAUUCUUAUUUUCUAUGAAUUAGCAUUAAUUCCGUCUUUAUAAUUUAUAAAGCUAAGUACAAAUUCAUGUUGAGAGAUAAGUGUAAUCUAUUUCAACAUUAGAAUAUACUUCUAUUUCAGAUAUUGAACCAUUUUAAGUUGGAUUGCAAUAUCUAGUUAGAUUUGUUGUUCUUUACAGAUAGCCUAACUAAGUUAUUAGCUAGAUUUAUUACUAUUAAAAUUUAGUUCUUUAAAGUUUACCUUCUUGGAUGACUGUUGAUAGAUCAGAUUAAAGUAAUUCCAAUUUGUAGGCUUUGCUCUAGUUAAAUAUUCCUAAAGAAUGCUUAGAUUCUAAUGAAGGAAAUAAGAGUUUUUUAACUAUAGUGAUUUAAUCGUGCUUUUAAUUAGAUGCUAACUCUUUUAUUUUUGAAACAACAGAAUUAAUAACUACUCAAAGUGAAAGCACAUCUAUUUUUAAUUACUUAAAAUAAGCAGGUUAUAUUGAUGGAAUGGAUUGUGCUACUAACUUUUUUGACUCUACCAUUAAAAAAUAUAUAGAUCUAACUUUAGUAUUUGCUACAAAAAGUGAAAUAAAAUUUUUGAAACUCAAAUCGGAUAUUGUCACUCAAAAAACACUAUAAGAUCAAAUGAAUAAGUAAGGAACAGACUUAACAAUUGAAGAGUCUUUUAUGAUUUAAUUUGAUAUUGCUUCAUUUAUUGAUCCAGAUUAAAUUCCUCUAUCUUAUUAAUUCUAAUAGUAAAUAAGUGGUUAAUUUGUGCCUAUAUCUUCAGAUUCAUUUAUCAAAUGUGAUAAUGUCAACCUUCGCUUAGUAGGUACAAAUAAAUUAAAAAAGUCUAUUUUGAAUCUUGAAAGUGUAAAGAGUGAAAAAAUAAUAAAUGUUUAGCAAAAUAUUUAAAUUGAAGAAAAAUAUAAAUAAGUAGAAGGAGAUUUAUGCAAAGUAGCUUAAUAGAAAGAAUAAUCAGAAACGCCAUAAAAUAAUAGUAAUAUUUUAAAUAAAAAUAGACAAUUUGUAAUUAAUAAUUCAGUAAAUUAAGAUGAAUCAAUUAGCUACAGUAAGAAGUAAAUAAAUGAAACAGCCUAAUCUUAAUUUAGCUCACAGUUUAUUUAAAAGGAAAAAUAAAGUAAAUAAAACGGCAAAAUGCAAAAAUAGUCAAAAUUAAAAAAGAUGUUUAAGGAUAAGUAUGACAGAAGAUUUAGUAUUUAAUUAUAAGAGAUUGAACAGAAAAAACAAACAACAGAGCAAGUUUCAUAAAGUGGCAAUUUUAGAAAUGCAGAGAAUAAAAACAAUCUAUUAAAUAAAUAUACAAUUUAAGCAGAAGAUGGCACAUUCUAAAUGAGCAAUUUAUUUAAUCAAAUGGUUGAAUAAAAAUUAAUAAUUUAGUAUGAAUUAUUGGACUAUAAAAUAGAAGAUUACACUUUAGAUUUAGAAAACGAAGACUCAAGAUUUUAUUAAUGUCUAAAAGCAAAUGUUUUAAGAUACUUAUUGGAUAAUGAAAAGAAAACUCUCAGACUUUACUAAUUUCUUAAAAAAUAUUCUUUAGAAACUUGUAACUACCUAUAAAAUGACUGGUAUAAAUAAUAUGUCCAAAUUACAGCCACAAAUGACUUAGAUCAAUAUGGUGUUCAUGUACCCUUUUCAAAAACUACAUUAAUAGAAGAUGAGAUUUUUAAAGUUGUAAAAGACCUUGAAAUUAUUCCUAAAAACUUAGAUCUAGAGAACUAUAAGCUUAGCUAUCUCUAAUCAAUUGAUAUCAAUCCUUACUUGCUUAAGGAGGUUUUGUUUGCUGAUGCUCUUGGAUUAAAUUUCAUAAGCUCAAAAUCAAUCAUAAAAUGCUGUGGAGAGUCUAUUCAUUUGGAGAAAAACUAAGUUGUUUCAGUGGAGGCAUUUGAGAAAAUAUAAGAUGGUGUUUGUCUAUGCUUAAGGAAACUAUUUAAUUUAUAAUACAAAACUCUUCCAAUAUCUAAGUACAUUUCUCUACCUAGUUGGAUGUCUUAUGAAUUUAAAAAUGGUGUUAUAAUUUUGGAGGGCAUUCCUACAAAAUCUGAUGUUAAUAACUUUUUAAUUAGAGUUUACAACUAAACACGAUUUGUAUCCUACUAAUUUCAUUUGAAUGUAGUUGGAGACUCUAAGCCUAGAGAUGAUAUAGAAGUUCCUUAAUUAGAAAAUUAAAUAAAAGAAAGUAAUUUUAUUAAAGAAAGUGAUGCCAGAAAACAAAUGUAAUGUUAAUAAGAAAAUAUGGAAUAAAUUUAACUAGGAAAUAAUAUCAUAAAUAACUCUAAAAAAAGUUAACUUUAAAUGCCUUUAAGAAAAUAAUAAAAUAUUGUUGAUCUCUUUUCCAUUAAAAAUUCACCAAACUAAACAUAAAAUUUAUUAAAAAACGAAUAAGAAGAAAAUGUAGAUGAAAUAGAAGAAAAAGCUUACACGGGAAUAAGAUCGAUGACUGAGUAUGAUUAAGAAUUAACAUCUCCUCCUAUUUUUCCUCUAGGUCUAGGUAUUAUGCCAAACACUCCUUUAUCAAGUUUUAAAUUAAAUGCAUAAAUACCCAAUUUUUAAUUAUAAGAGUAAUUUGAUAAGUAAAAGGAUUUUGAAAGAGUUGAUUUAUAAUCUAAAUUUUAAUAUGAAAAAUAAUUAAACAAGGAGCUUUAUGAUUAUAAAGAUCAACAAAAAAUAAAUAAAUAAAAAUCAAAUUAAAAUUAGAAUUGA